AUACUCCGUCUCCAUAGCAACAAGCGAACCAAACAUUCCCAGCAGGUUACCGAAGCCUGCUGCCGGUACCGUACAAAAACUCUGCUAAAUACCGUGAAAUUUCUCCUCUUUGCGGUAGCAUCGGGUCGUCUGUAGUGUUUGUAGCAGCUAUGCCGACGAAAGCCUCCAAAGUGAAGCGGGUCAAAGCCGGGAAAGGAAAGAAAGAGGGCAAACAGGAGUCGAAGGCGGACAAAGAGUCGGACGUUGAGAAGGCCAAAACCAACGCGGCUCUGUGGGAGCUGAGGUUACAGGUCACCGGGCAGUCGUUGUCUGAGUACAGGGAGGCCUGUCACAAGCUGGCCCGAGCUAACGAGCAGCUCACCGACCAGCUGUACCGAGCGGAGAAGGACGCCAUAGAUACAACCAGACACUGGCAGAGACAGCUGGCAGCUCGAGAGGAGAAGAUCCGCAUGCUGGAGAAAAGCCUCGAAAGUCAAGAGGCACUCGCACGUGAAGAGAAGAAUAAACUGGAGAGUGACUUUAACAGGAUCCAGGACAGAAUGAAGAUAAUGAAUGAGAUAGAAGCCCAAAUGGAGCAGGAAAUCAUUGACAUUAAAACAAACAUGGAUAUUGCUGAAAAGGAACACAGGGAAAGCCUAAACAAAAUGAAGGACAAAUUCUACAGAGAAAAGGAACGCAUGGAGAAGGACAUGAUCGAACAAUGCAAUCAAAUGAUGGACACGCUGAAGAAGGACCACCUUGAAGUCGUUGCGCAGUUGGAAGGUGCCAUGUUCUCUGCAUUUAAGGAGCGCGAUCAUCUGAAUGAAGCACUGAAGCAUCACGUAAAGGAGUCAGAGGACCUGCAGAAAUUGACAACUUCUUUGGUUACGGAAAAUACCUCACUGCGACUGGACAGGGACAUGCUUCAGUUGACGGUAAAGAAGAACAGAGCUCAGAUGGAGGCCCAAAGUAAGAGGCUAUCUGAACUGAGGGCCAAGGUGGCUUCCCUGGAGCAGGCGCUAGAGCUGAAAGCUGAGGAACUUGAGCGGCGGGAGAAGAAGGAAGAGAUGAACCUGGUCACCAUCCAGGCCAGCCAGGUAGAGCUGGAGAAGCUGCAGAAGGUCUUCGCCAUGCGGGAGAGGGAGUUGGGGCACAUCAAGCAGCUAGCGAGCACCAUUGUAGAGAAGCGCAGAGAGCUGGAGGAGUUCUUCCAUGAGGCACUGGCUCAUGUCAAGCAGGAGAUUGUGACCAGCAGGCUUCAGUACAAAAAGGAGGCACUACGGGGUUAUCGUUGGAGGUUUAGAGAAGCCACUGCAGGAAAAAUAAAGUUUCCACCCAUCCGCACCUUCCAUAAAAGUCCUCACAGUACCAACUCUGUGUAUUCAGAUAUGGAGGCAGCUGUGACAUGGACGCAUCCCCCAGACAGCAAAGUUCAAAUCUCAGAUCUCACUUGGGAGCAGAAGGAACAAGUGCUCCGGCUUCUCUUUGCUAAAAUGAACGGGCAGAGAGAAAGGAAAGUCAACCAACAUCUGGCUGCAUCUCCCUCCUCUGAGAAGAAGAGCCUUACUGACAGUGAUGCUGCCGGAGAGGAGCUCUCCCCAGUGACCAUCAGCACCCAGGCGCCUGAGUCCAUUCUGCCCUCAAACCCCAACAGCCUGCCAGAUAUACACAUCACAUGACCUCUGUGUGGCCUCGACAUCUCACAGAUUGUUUGCCUCUGUUGUGUAGGUUUCCCAAAGAGUGGCAGUCAUAUGUGUAGUAGAAUACACGUGUUUGCAUUGAUGCGUGGCUUGUGAGUACCUUCUUUCAUACAUAAAGCAUUGUGUGUGUUCUGUUAAAUCCACUGAAAGGAUCGCUGUACCCAAGUACAAAACUUAUUCUGAUACCAAAACAUGCACCAGACAAUACACAACAUCUCUGAACACUCAUUGGAUGGUGGGUCAGAAGAACACAACGCAAUCUAUCCAUGCAAUCUUCAUUCAUUGGGGUAAUACAUACAACACUGCAAGUACACAAAAGUUUUAAUACCAGAGUUGUAUUUCAGGAAAUAACAGAUGUACAGAUUUUUUGCAUUGUUAAAAUCUCAGCCAUAGUGGUGGAUAUUUACACAAUAUCCAUAUAUACAAAUCUAAUAUAAAGCUUUCAAAAAGUAUUAUGUCAUAACUUUUAUUUACGAACUAUUCACAGUGAA